AUGGCGCCGGUACGCGUCUCUGUCAUCGGCGCGGGCAUGGCCCUCCAGUGCCUGCACUGGCCGUCCAUCGUCACUCAGCCGGACCUCUUCGUGCUCCAUUCCGUACUAGAUCGGUCGGGCCGAGGAGGCGUAAAGGAGAUGUGCGGUCAGGGAGUCAAAGUAGUCAGCAGCUUGCAAGAGGUAGUGGACGAUCCAGAAGUGGAGCUGGUCGUGGUAGCCAGUCCGAAUAAUACGCACCUAGAGUAUGCUACCGCUGCGUUGAAAGCAGGAAAGCACGUACUCGUCGAGAAGCCCAUGUGCCCAACCUCGGGAGAAGCGCAAACCCUCGUCGACCUCGCUCAGAAGAAGAACCUCAUCCUGAGCGUAUACCAGAACCGGCGCUGGGAUGCGGACUUCUUGACGGUCAAGAAGCUGAUCCGAGAGGGAAGGCUCGGAAACAUCAACGAGUUUCAGUCCAACUAUGACCGCUAUCGCCCUCUACCACCCUCUUCCCCAUCCUCCGCUCAGCCGAGCUCCAGCAGCCAGCAUAACGACGUCAUCUUCAAUUUGGGAUCACACAUCAUCGAUCAGGCGUAUGUGCUAUUCGGUAUGCCUGAGAGAGUAGGGUGUAGGGUAUGGGACCAGCGCGGGAUUGGGCUGGACGAAGCACUGACACAGCAGUUCGUAAUGGACUUGUACUAUCCCCCUCAACAUCCCUCCCACACCCCGCUUAUCGUCACUCUCCGCGCGUCCAUCCUGUCCGCCAUGCCCAAACAGCAGCGGUUCCUCAUCAAAGGCUCAAGAGGAACAUACACCAAGUUUGGAGGCGAUCCGCAGGAGAAGCAGCUGUAUGAGAUAGGGACAAAGGGGUGGAAGGGGUCCUGGGACGGAUUUGGGGCGGAAGAUGAGGCGGACUGGGGAGAAGUGGCGCUUGUGAAGGAGGAGAGGGAUGGGGAUGAUGAGCUGAUCAGCAGAUAUCCGAGCGAAAGAGGGAAUGGGCCAUAUCUAUACACCAACCUCCACCAGGCUAUCAGCUCGAGUGACGCGUCAAAGCUAGAAGUCAAGCCGGAACAGGCGGUCAAUGUCCUUCGACUGAUCGAGCUGGGUCUGCAGAGCUCGAGAGAGGGAAGGGUCAUGCCCGUCAAGCCUUAA